GCGCAAAAUAUUCCACCAUUCUUCUCUUAUACGGACAAGGAACAGGAUCAACAGAUUAGGGCAGCAGAGGAGAGGAUGAAAGUUGCGGUGGAGGUGGUGGACGCCAGCGACCUCAUGGCCAAAGAUGGGUUGGGCUCAGCUAAUCCUUUUGUCGAAGUGGAGCUCGACGGUCAGAAGCAACGCACACAGACCAAGUUCAAGGACCUGAAUCCAAGUUGGAACGAGACCCUCGUCUUCAACGUCUCCGACCCCUCCAUCCUCCCCAAUCUAACCAUCGAUGUUUCCGUCUACCAUGACCGCCGCCAGUCCUCGUAUACUUCAUCCGACCACUCAUCCGCAGGCGGCCAUCAUCGAAGCCUCGGUAGGGUCCGCAUCUCCGGCGUCUCCGUGGCCACUUCCCCGUCCGAAGCCCAAAUCCUCCGCUUCCCGCUAGACAAGCGAGGAUUUUUUUCCAAUAUCAGCGGCGACAUCGCUCUCCGACUCUAUGCCUUCCAGGAAUCUUCUUCCCCCUCUCCCGGUGCAGCCGAAACAGCAACAAUUUUCAACCCUGAUCCGUCCCCUCCUCCUCUCCCUCACAAGAAGGAGAAGAAAAAGUCAACCUCAGUUCCGCAGCCGUCCCCUGACUUGAGAGAACCACGGGUCUUCUUUUCCGUUCCUGCAGGGGCACAGGGAAAUCGACCCACACAGCCUGCUCCGCCGGCGGUGGAGGUUCGCACCGCUGCCACGCCUCUUCCCGCCUCAGCAGUGAUGCAAGUACAAACCGGACUUCCCCGCCCCCAAUCCGAAUACGGACUUGUUGAGACCCGACCUCCUCUUGCCGGCCGCGUUGGCUACAGAAGUCGCGACAAGAUCUCCUCCACCUAUGAUCUCGUCCUACCGAUGCAGUUCCUGUACGUCAACGUCGUUAAAGCCCGCGAUCUCCCAUCCAUGGAUGUUACUGGUAGCUUGGAUCCCUACGUUGAGGUGAAACUCGGCAACUACAAGGGCAUCACCAAGCACCUGGAGAAGAACCAGAACCCCGUCUUCAACCAGACUUUCGCCUUCUCGCGGGACCGCCUCCAGGCCAGCCACAUCGAGAUCAAUGUAAAGGACAAGGAUUUCGUGAAAGACGACUUUGUCGGCCGCCUCCAACUGGAUCUCUCCGAUGUACCCCAUCGUGUCCCCCCUGAUAGUCCUCUGGCUCCUCAGUGGUACCGUCUCGAGGACAAGAAGGGGGAAAAGCUCAAGAAGGGGGAACUCAUGCUUGCUAUUUGGAUGGGAACACAAGCAGACGAGGCCUUCCCAGAGGCUUGGCACUCCGACGCCCACUCGGUCGGUGCGCAAGUCCUCGUUCAUACACGCUCCAAAGUCUACUUCUCUCCCAAGCUCUGCUACCUCCGCGUCCUUGUUAUUGAGGCACAGGACCUCGUUCCCUCAAAUCGUACCCGUCUCCCAGACCCUGUCGUCCGCCUUCAGCUUGGUCAUCAGCUCCGCACCACCCGACCUACACCCACCACUCGCUCCGUCAAUCCAGUAUGGAACGAGGAGUUUAUGCUCGUAGCCUCUGAGCCCUUCGACGAACCGCUUGUCAUCUCAAUCGACGACCGCAUUGAGGCAAACAAGAUGGAGCCCCUCGGCCGGUUCAUAUUCCCCGUCAUAGCCGCACCGAAUCGCACCGAUCACAACAAACCCAUCGAAUCUCGGUGGUUCAACCUCGCUAAGCCCAGUAGCGGCGGUGAGGAAGUGGAGAAGAAGGAAUUCAAAUUCAGCAGCAAGAUCCACCUAAGAAUCUUUCUAGAUACCGGCUAUCAUGUUCUUGACGAAUCUACACAUUACAGCAGUGACCUCCGGCCCACCGCCAGGCAUCUGAGGAAGCCCGGCAUUGGAAUUCUAGAGCUGGGCAUUCUUGAUGCCCGUAAUCUUAUGCCAAUGAAGGCCAAAGAGGGGCGCACUACGGAUGCUUACUGCGUCGCAAAAUAUGGCCCAAAGUGGGUGCGUACCAGAACACUUCUUGACACUCUUAAUCCAAGAUGGCACGAGCAGUACACUUGGGAAGUGUUUGAUCCCUGCACCGUAAUCACCAUCGCCGUCUUCGACAAUUGCCAUAUCUCUGGCAACAAGGAGGAUGUCAAGGAUCAGAGAAUUGGCAAAGUCCGAAUCCGGCUUUCAACCCUGGAGGCUAAUAGGGUCUACUCCCACUACUACCCUUUACUGGCUCUGCAAACCUCUGGACUGAAGAAGACCGGCGAACUCCACCUGGCCGUUCGAUUCACCUGCACGGCUUGGGUUAAUAUGGUGGCGCUCUACGGGAAGCCGCUUUUACCUAAAAUGCAUUAUGUCGAGCCAAUCUCUGUUGUUCAAUUAGACAUCUUGCGGCAUCAGGCAAUGCAGAUUGUCGCCGCCCGUCUAGGCCGUGCGGAGCCACCGCUGCGGCGGGAGGUGGUCGAAUAUAUGCUAGACGUCGACUCUCACAUGUGGAGCCUUCGCAGAAGCAAAGCCAACUUCUACCGCAUCACCUCCCUCCUCUCCGGCCUUGGUGCUGUUUUCCGGUGGUUAGAAAGCAUUCGCAACUGGCGAAACCCAAUUACGACCAUUCUAGUCCACAUCCUCUUCUUGAUCCUAGUCUGCUAUCCUGAGCUAAUCCUUCCCACCAUCUUUCUCUACUUGUUUAUGAUUGGGAUCUGGAACUACCGGUUCAGGCCUCGGCACCCGCCGCACAUGGACACCAAGCUGUCCUGCGCGGAGCUAGCCCAUCCAGACGAGCUCGAUGAGGAAUUUGACACAUUUCCUUCCACAAAGCCGACGGACAUUGUGAGGAUGAGAUACGACCGAAUGCGGAGCGUGGCGGGGCGGGGGCAGACGGUUGUGGGAGAUCUGGCCACCCAGGGCGAGCGGGCGCAGGCCAUUCUCAGCUGGAGAGAUCCUCGCGCAACCGCUAUCUUCAUAAUGUUAUCUUUGCUGAUCGCCGUCUUUCUGUACAUUACGCCCUUCCAGGUUGCGGCGGUGAUACUCGGCCUCUACUUUUUUCGCCAUCCCAGGUUCCGGAGUAAGAUGCCAUCAGUGCCUUACAAUUUCUAUAGGAGAUUGCCAGCAAAGUCUGAUAUGCUGCUUUGAAUCUGCCCAAGAUUUCUCUUUUUCCGGUGAUCCUUUUUUUUAAAUUUAUUUUGGAUAUUUUGGAAUCUCGAAUUUGAUAAAUGCUAGGUUCAAGAUCAGAAUUUUGGCAAAAUUCCGUGUUUCUUUUAUGUAUUGUUAAAUGUUAAUAGUCGAGCAACUUUUUAAGAAAAAAUUUGGGAGA